CUUAAAUUAAAUUUAUUGUCAAAUUAAAUUGUAGCUAAGUGUGUAAAUAAAUAAGAGUGGAUGUAAAUCGUAGUUAGCGUGUCGGGAGGUACGCGGAGCGCCGCUGGCUGGGCGGCGGCGGGCGCUACAGGCGGUGGCGGGCGAGACGGCAUACUUGCCGUCUGCCUGACAUUCCCCAGUUAAUUAAAGCCCAUUUGUACACUGUCUUGCAAAAUAUAAUUUAUGGAAUGGGAAAAUGUUGCUGCCGGUACGAAUUAUUUUAUUUUCGAAAAUAUUCUGGUUAGUUAAACAAUUUGUCGCUAACUUGAAUUUUAAGCUUGUUUUCAAAGCCUUGAUCAACGGCUUUGUACGCUUUUUAGUUAAACAUAGAAUGUCAGGAAAGUAAAAAACGUACUGGUUUGCUGAUAUUCAUAAACAAAAGUCCCAACUCGUCUUUGUUGAUUCCAAAUAAGCCCGCCUCAAUCUAAGGCUCCGCCUACUCGCUAAAGUUUGAACUUAGGUGUUGUUGCGAUUAACCAAGACAACAAAUGAAAACAGUAGCUUUAUAAAAGUAUUUAAUGUCAGACAGUUGUGUUGAGAUUGAUUUAAAUAUAAAAGAAUGACUAAUAUUUUAAUAUUAAUUGCUCCAAUAAUAUGUAUAGUGAGAACGUGAACAAGUGAAGACAAAGCUUCGGUUACGAAAACGUUGGUUAACUAAAGACGCAGCGUUAAACAAAAUCAACAGGACAGAAGUUUCGUGGCCGAAGGACGGCGCGAUGUCGGAGAAAGCUGGUCGGUACUAACAAGCUAGCCACCUGAAGUUGUUAGUCUCCAACUGUGAUAACCUCGCUAUAGGUGAUAGGAAUAACUGGUGUAUCUGUCCAAAAGUGGACAACUACACGCCAAGUCCCUUUGAAGUAGUUUCGCAUGGAUGCUGGUUGAAAGUUCAAGAAUCGAAAGAAGGCUUAUGCUGCGACCAUGAUGGAAACUCACUCUUUAGGACGGAAUCGACAGACUCCUGCGGCCAGGAACCACAUUGUCUAUACCGAUCAUAAAGGAAGAAAAAUACCCUACGCUGACAAGAUCACCCCGGAGCCAAUUCUGAACAACAAUGCGUCGCGGGACACAAAGGCCGAUUCUAUCAGGAACAGCUACAAUAGCCAAUUCAAAGUGGGCGUCUACGGAUGGCGCAAGAAAUGUCUUUACAUACUUGUUAUUGCACUUAUGCUCAUGAUGGUCAUCAACCUUGCACUUACGCUGUGGGUGCUCAAAGUGUUGGAUUUUAAUUCCGAGGGUAUGGGGCAACUCCGAAUCGUUCCUGGUGGCCUCCAGCUCUUGGGGCAAGCGUUAGUACUAGAUUCACUGUUUGCCUCGAGUAUUAAAUCUAAGCGUGGCUAUCCCAUCUCUGUGGAGUCCUCGCGGAAUUUCACUGUAUCCACAAGAGAUGCUCAUGGCUUGUUACAAAGUAAACUUUUUUUAGGUCCUGAUCGUCUAGAGGUCAAUGUGGGUCGGCUAGAAGUCCGCGAUUCCCGAGGAGCACUGAUACUAGGAGCUGAUCACGAUGCUGUGACGGUUGGCGCUGACACUUUAGUCAUCACUAGCCCUGCAGGAAUCACUUUCCACACUGCGGUCCAAACGUCACAGGUUAAGGCGCCACCCUCCAAGCCUUUAGUAUUAGAAUCUCCAACGCGAUCACUAGAGGUGCAUGCAGCACAAAAUAUCGUGUUGGAGUCGCGGGCAGGUGACAUCAGUGCCAGCUGUCUCUCCACCUUCCAUUUAAAAUCCGUCGCAGGAGCUAUACGGUUAGAUGCUCCUAGCAUAUAUAUGCCAAAGCUGAAGUCAGCGUUACCCCUACCUCCAACGACACCUCAUUCACACGAUCCUCAUCACCAGAACAUCUACCAGUUAUGUGCUUGUGCCAACGGCAAAUUGUUUUUGGCGCCGCCGCAUGGGGCGUGUGCUGCGCGGGAAGAAAGCUUGAUUUGCCGAUAAUGUAGCAUAGAAAGAGACAUCAAUAUAGAAGCACCAUCAAAAGUACUCGAGCUUCGCCUUUAAUAAGGAUCUUGUAAGAUUAUGUUAGACGGUUCAGGCAUCCUCCAGUAUGCCUGAGUACACGCAUAACAUAAUUUUAAGAACAACACUUCAUGGAGUUAUUUAAUUUUACAUUUGAAGAAGUUAUUAAAAACUUUUGUGACUAAUAUUUUUUAGGUUUUUAUCUCAAUUGUUAUGUUGU